AACUUGAACAAUUUAACAUGGGACUCAAUGAGAUUCUGCUCUCUUUUGGAGCCUGUCCCUAGCGGCCAGUCGAUGAAUCGCAGUUUAAGUCACUUCCGUAUUGGCUUCACGAGAGACUGGGGAAGGUUGCCGCUUGGGCUGGACAAGGGGAGCACAUAUGGUCAACAGUGAAAAACCUUCCAGGGCGGAACCCUGACACAUACAUCACUGCAUAUUAUUUGUACUACAAAACUUUGACACCCACAACUACACAAGCAUCAUAUGAAAUAAGCAGUUAGAGAGACAACAUAUUUCAGAUUCAGUUGAUCAGCUAACCUGUGAAUUUAAUGGUAAAGGAAAAUGAUUUUGAAGAAACCAUUAUUAAUGGAGCAGUUCCAUGUUUACCUUGUUGUUUUCUGGGCAUUGCUUCUCAUGAACAUUUCUGGAGAGGAUGACACAGGUGCAUCAAACAAGUGUGAAGAUGCUCCAUUUGUUCCAGGGUACAAUCUUGCUGGAGAGGGAUUUGAUGUUGUGACCAUGGAGCGAAAAGGAUCUUACGUGAUCAACAUGGAGAAAUGGGAUUUAGGAAACGGCACUUGUAAAUUGCGCAAGAACAGUUACAUGAAUGGAAUAAAACAGAAGCUACCAGCAGCAGUUAAAGACUGGAGGGCUUUGCCAAAGUGUUCAAUGAAAGUCGCCAGUCAGAUCUUUGAAUCAAGUGAAGCACUGGUCAAUGAUUCCUCAUCAGCACUUUCGGUCGACUGGAAAGUUGGUUUAGAUGUGAAGGCUCCUGGAGCUUCGUUCGGAAGCACUCAUUCCAGGGAAGCGAAAUUUGCAAUGACAAAAUCAAAACAAGACAAAUACAGUUUCACCAAACAUAAAGUUGCAUGCAGCUUUUACAGAUAUCGUGUAGCUGAAAAGCCUCCUCUUAAUGCAGAGUUUCUUGAAGCAAUCACAUCGCUCCCUGCAUCCUACAAUCCAGAUGCCUUCCGCAACCUGAUCACCACAUAUGGCACUCACUAUAUCAAAGAUGUCAAGUUAGGGGGGCAAAUAAAAGCCAUAACAGCCUUCAAAACCUGUCAGGCAACAUUGAGUGGGCUUACAGACACUGCAGUAAAAGACUGUUUGGAUGUAGAAGCCUCUGGUUCAUACAAUGCAGCAACUGUGAAGACAGAAAGCCAUUUUUGUAAAGAACAGAAAAAGAAGAUGGGCACAAAUCAAAAGUUCAGCACCAUGUUCAAUGAGCGCCAGACAGAGAUUAUCGGAGGAAACAUAAAUGGAGAAGAUCUGCUUUUUUCUGGUUCAUCACACCCAAAUUCCCUUAAGAACUGGCUUGAGUCUUUGAAGAGCCUCCCUGACAUUGUGCACUACUCUCUGAAACCCCUCCAUUUCUUACUGAGUACUAAACAUCCUGCCAGAAGAGGACUGAAGAGAGCUGUUGAAAAAUACAUAAUUGAAAAUGCCCUCAUGAAAGUUUGCUCUGAGUCUUGCAAGAUUGGCAGGAAGUGCAGUGCAAGAGACCGAUGUGCUUGUGUUUGUGAAGGUAGUCAAAUUAUAAAGUCUAACUGUUGUCCUGCUGAAAAAGGACUUGCCACCCUGAAAGUUUACAACCUUAGAGCCAAUGGUCUGUAUGGAGAUGUACAUACUCAAACAGAUGGUGUUGUAUUAGUUAAAUAUGGCACACAAGAGAAGCGCACUGAGAUUAUUAAUAAUAAUGACAAUCCACGUUGGCCAGAAACAUUUGAUUUUGGUCCUAUUAAGUUCAGCAUGGCUAAUUUACUAACUUUUGAAGUAUAUGAUGCAGACAGUUACUGGAACAGCGAUCCCCUCGGUAAAUGCUCUUUUUCUCUUAGAAGUGGAACUGUGCGUGACACUUGUAUUUUUAAAUAUGGUACCUUCUUUUUUACCUAUGAAGUGAAAUGUGCUCCUAGUCUAAAUGGCCCACAGUGUAAUGAACACAAAGCUUCUCCAAUGGCUGCCCCUCUGGCUGACAUUUUCAGCUCGAGAAAUGGUGUGCUGGUUAAAGACAUGCCCAGACUUGAAUCAGCUCACAAUUUAUCAAAUAAAUUCAAAAGCGCUUCUGGAAAACAGAUAAAGCUGUAGGAUUUUAGUAGGAUCUCAUAUCAGGUGUUAUGCAUUAAAGCCAUAAUCUUGCAAAGCUUGCUAAUAAUCACAUGCUUAAAAUGCUUAAGUAUAAACAUUGCUCAAUAAUUUUCAUUCCAAUUACUUGUCUUUGUAUUUUGUUUUAUUAAAGCAUUCACAAAACCU